AAAAAUAUCAAGAGUGGAGGCCAAGACUCAGAUGAUAUGAGCUCCUUUUAAUAACAAAUCAGACCAAAGUCAGAAGGGCAUCCUGGCCCAGCCCCAGCCCUGGUGGAAGAUCCAGCUGUUCAUGUGGGAGCCGGUGCUGUUUGGGACCUGGGAUGGUGUGUUCACAUCCUGCAUGAUCAACAUUUUCGGGGUUGUCCUUUUCUUGAGGACCGGCUGGCUGGUGGGAAACACGGGUGUGCUCCUGGGCUUGCUCCUGGUGUCCUUCGUCAUCCUCGUGGCCCUCAUCACCGUGCUGUCUGGCAUUGGCGUCGCAGAGCAUGGCGGGAUAGGCAGUGGCGGCGUCUACUCCAUGAUCUCCUCGGUGCUUGGUGGACAGAUGGGAGGCACUGUAGGGCUGCUGUAUGUAUUUGGACAGUGUGUUGCAGGUGCCAUGUACAUCACUGGCUUUGCAGAGUCAAUCUCAGAUCUGCUGGGCCUCAGGAACAUCUGGGCUGUGCGAGGAAUUUCCAUUGCUGUGCUUCUGGCUUUGCUGGGCAUCAACCUGGCAGGUGUCAAGUGGAUAAUCCGCCUCCAGCUGUUGCUGCUGUUCCUGCUGGCUGUCUCAACCCUGGACUUUGUGGUGGGCUCUUUCACUCACCUGGACCCAGAACAUGGCUUUGUUGGAUACUCCCCAGAACUGCUACAGAGCAACAUUCUGCCAGACUACAGCCCCGGGGAGUCAUUCUUCACUGUGUUUGGGGUGUUCUUCCCGGCAGCUACAGGAGUCAUGGCUGGCUUCAACAUGGGAGGAGACCUGAGGGAGCCUGCUGACAGCAUACCCCUAGGCUCCCUAGCGGCUGUUGGUAUCUCGUGGUUUCUCUACAUCAUCUUCGCCUUCCUGCUUGGUGCCAUCUGUACCCGAGAGGCCCUCCGCUCUGACUUCCUGAUAGCUGAAAAGAAAGGGCCAAAUAGAACACCUGUAGCAGCCAUCUGCCUGACCAGCUUGGUGACCAUGGCCUUUGUCCUUGUGGGUCAGGUGAAUGUUCUGGCGCCCAUCGUGACCAUCAACUUCAUGCUGACCUACAUCGCAGUGGACUACUCUUACUUCGCACUCUCCAUGGCUCACUGUGGCCUUGCACAGUCUCCUGAGCCCACGCCCAGACAAGCCCCAGAUGCCCUGCAUUGCUCCGAGCACCUGCUCCAGGACAAGGCUCCCAGCUACGGCUCUGAGGCCCCUGCCAGAAGCCUCUCUGAGGGGACCCUGCUAGAGUUCACCAAGGACAUGGAUCAGCUCCUCCAGCCAAUAGAGGGGCUCGAGAGUAGUCAGCUUGGGUCAAGAGAAGGUAACCAGAUCCCAAAGAGUCAGAAGCGCAAGUGUAAGAAAGGCGCCAAGCAAACCCUACAAGAUAGCUUCCUCUUGGACCCUGGGUCUCCUUUGUCCUUUCCUACGGGGACCUUUGAGAGGUUGUCCACUGCCUCCUGUAGGGAGCAAGAGUCCUAUCAGAACCAGCAGACUUCUAGGAGUGAGUCACAUGAUCAUCUUGUUCCUGAUCUGUGCACCCAGCCUAGAGUGAACGGAGAAGAUUUCUUUCUGAAAUGCAGACUUCAGGAACAAGAGAUCCAGAGGAGACCAAGUGCUCUCUAUGCUUGCAUGUGUAACCCCUGGGUCUCCCUGUUAGGGGCUCUUGCAUCACUGCUCAUCAUGUUUGUGAUCCAGUGGCUCUAUACCCUAGCUAGCAUGGGUGUUGCUGCCCUUGUGUAUUUCUACAUUGGUCAGGCCAGUCCAGGCCUUUACCUUGGAUCAGCAUCAAACUUCAGCUUUUUCCAAUGGAUGAAGUCCUUCUUGGUCCCCUCCUGCAGGAGCCUGAGGUCAGCCCGGGAGCAGAUCAUCUUGGCACCAUCCCCAGCCAAGGUCGCCAUGGCAAUGACUCAGCUUACCCAGGACAAUGCAGACUUUGCUGCCCGGGAUCGCUUCCACCACUCCUCCUUCCUGAGUCAGGAACAGCUGAUGCCUCCCUACUAGGAUCUUGCUACACCCCUCCUUUUAGCUGCUGUGGAGAUGGGGGGCCCAAACCUCAGAACCUUCAGAAGUUGCUUCUACCAAUAAGAAACCCCAAGACUGGUCUUCCCACCACAGCCUUGAACACUGAAAAUCACAUUCUGGUCUAAAGUGGCAUGUCUAACCAGACACCAUGUAUGGCCAUGGCUUCCAUGUGUCCCAAACCUGAAGAGCGCACAGGCCACCAGGAGGAUCAGGUGACACCAAGACAACCGAGUGUGGAGAACCAAAAUGAGAUUUCUUUUUCUAAGGGCCACAAUAAACACUUCUUUUUAAUUUUAUUGUUUUAUUUUUAUUAUUCAUUUAAAGAAUUAUUUGUUUAUGUAUUCAAAUACACUGUAGCUAUUUUCAGACAUGCCAGAAGAGGGCAUCAGAUCCCAUUACAGAUGGCUGUGAGCUACCAUGUGGUUGCUGGGAAUUGAACUCAAGACCUCUGGAAGAGCAGCCAGUGCUCUUAACCACUGAGUCAUCUCUCCAGCCCCCUCUCCUGUUUUAUUUAUUUUUUAAAGUAUACUACACUCACAUGGUUCCAAGCCACAAAGUAUAAUCAUAUGCUGGGUAAAAACCUUCUCCUCCCUGGUUCUCAUCUGCUUGGUGCCCAUCCCCCAUCACAGAGGCAACUACUUCUCACAUGUACCGCAGCCACCUCAGCCACCUCAUUACAGAUGGGAAAUGGGGUUCUCAUUGUACCCCUUCCAUCUGCAAAUGCAGCUCUGUAUGCACACACUCUGCAGCUUCCCUCUCUCCGUUUAUCUACCGUGGAAGCAUUUCCAUGAAGAUGCUAACACAGUUUCCUCAUUAUGUCUUGAUGUCUCAGUGUGCCUUACUUUAUGUACUCAUCCUCAUGUGACUGCAUUUUGAUUCGUUCUGAUAUUUUGCUAUUACAGCCGCUUCUGCAAUGAGUCAUUAUGUUUGUAUACACGGUCGUGAAGGAUACGUGCAGAUAAAUUCGCAGGAGAAUGCAGGAUGAGUGAGGAUGUGCGUUUGUAAGCUGUUCCUGUUUGGGGAAAUGUUUUUUAGUUAAAAAGUCAAAUACCA